AUGCAGCUGCUGCGGCGCUCCUCUCCGCGGCACACGGAGCAUCUCCUAUUCCCUCUGCGCGCUAGUGACUCCGCCCACAGCCUGGUGAGCGUGCAGCCCGUCCGCAUUGACGUCCCGCUGGUGAGCACUUCUUCGCGUCAUCCACCCCUCACCACCUUCCGGAGCCCAGCGCAGCGUUCUGAUUGGACGAUCCCAGAGACCACACAAGCCAAAUACGUGUGGUUUCAGAUGGACUCAGAGAAGAGAGAGGUGGGUGUCUACCCUAAAGAUGGGUGUCUAACCUUAGAGAUGGAUGUCUACCCUAGAGAUGGUGUCUAA